AGGAAUCAGCUAGCAAAUUUUCCAGCUAGCGGUGUAAAAGGGGGCCACUUUAUCAAUGGUCCUAAUUCGGUUUAAUGUUCAAACGCGUCUGUUCUCGUAACCCCGGACAGCGUAGCGACCUUUGAAAGGUCCGAGAAGCGGCGCAGGUUCACCACGGGCUCGGAAGUGUUAGUUAGGGACUUGUCGGGGGGGUUACCAGAGAAAGAAGUUGAAUGGAUCCGAGGGUAGCUUGGAUUCAGCCCGAACAGAAAGGACCUGCGAACGCCUUAUGGAUGCACGUCUGGGAGACCUCUCAGGGAGUACGGACUCUCUCCGCUCAGCAGCAGCUCCACAAUCAAAACCACAACCAGUGUGUGAGUUACGCGGUUUUAAAAAAUGUGGCGACCGCCGUGGCUUCGAGCAAGAGCAUCUGCAGCAGCAACGGUAACGUUACAGGCAGCCUGAGCAACGGCAGCAGCCAUCGUAGCAUCACGAACGGCGCUGCACACAGUAGUAGCGGUAACGGCAAUGCGAUUCCUCCGCUGGGGAGAGCACUGUCCAACGGGAACAUACACAACUCUUUAACCCCGUCGAACAUCAGCGAGCCAGGUGAGGGGAAAACUGCGUCCCAUAAAACGGGAUCUGCCUCGUCGUCUUCGCAGGAAUCCGGGACGGACAGUCCCCCCUCCAGCUGCUCACUCGAGAGGACUAUGGAUAGAAAUGUUACGGGGAGUAUUAAUAAUAACGUCGGGGGUGCCAACCUGCUCUUCAACUUGAGAGACAGCAUGGACAAUAAUGUCAACCUUUACCAUCACCGUCACCCGCAGGAGCACCAGGCUUUCAAGUUACAGCAGAUUUGCGUGAACCAGCAUCAGGUUCACCCCUCUGUACCUAUUAAUCAACCACACAGUCACCACCCGGGCCGAAGGAAAAGUGACAACAAGGCGAGCACUUAUGGGAUGAAUUAUUCGAUUUCUAACUGCACUAAUGGCAAUUAUGCGAGCACUUGCACGCCCUGGAAGACGAGGGAGUACAGCCCGGGGGUACUCGGACUCCACGAAGAGGUGAUGGAUUUCUACAAAUACAUAUCUCCUCGGCCGGAGGAGGCAGCUAUGAGGAAGGAGGUGGUGAACCGGAUAGAGGUGGUCAUCAAGGAGCUGUGGCCUACUGUUGAUGUCCAAAUAUAUGGCAGCUUCAGCACAGGGCUGUACCUUCCAACAAGUGAUAUUGACCUGAUGGUGACUGGGAAGUGGGAGCGCCCGCCACUGCAAGAGCUUGAACAAGCUCUUCGCAAGCAUGAAGUUGCCGACCCUAACUCCAUUAAAGUGCUGGACAAGGCUACAGUGCCAAUCAUCAAGCUGACCGACCAGAGGACUGAUGUCAAGGUGGACAUCAGUUUUAACGUAGAGACUGGAGUCAAGGCUGCAAGCUUCAUUAAAGGCUACAUGAAGAAGUAUCCAGUGCUGCCUUACCUGAUCUUUGUGCUGAAGCAGUUUCUGCUGCAGAGGGAUCUAAACGAAGUCUUCACCGGGGGCAUCAGCUCCUACAGUCUCAUUCUCAUGGUCAUCAGUUUCCUACAGCUCCAUCCUCGUAUCGAUCCCACCAACCCCAGUGAGAACUUGGGAGUGUUGCUGAUCGAGUUCUUUGAGUUGUACGGCCGUAAUUUCAACUACUUGAAAACAGGGAUUCGCAUUAAAAAUGGAGGCGCAUACAUAGCCAAAGAGGAGAUUAUGAAGGGCAUGACAAAUGGAUACAGGCCAUCCAUGCUCUACAUAGAGGACCCUCUACUUCCAGGUAAUGACGUGGGAAGGGGUUCCUAUGGUGCCAUGCAAGUCAAGGAGGUGUUUAAUUAUGCCUUCAUUGUCCUGAGUCAUGCUGUCUCCCCGCUUGCACAGUCAUAUCCCAACAAAGACUGUGAAAGCACAUUGGGGAGGAUAAUCAGGUUGACCAAGGAAGUGAUCGACUACAGGGAAUGGAUCGUUAAGAAGUGGGGGGGCAGAGAUUUGGUGCGACCGGACAACAGAGUGUCGCCUCCCAAAAAGCCGGUGUCGGAGCAAGAGAACUGUGUGCUGGGAGGUGGUGUUGGGUCAGAUGAGCAGCAAAGGGAUUCGGUGUCACCCCACAGCGCAGACUCUCCCAUGUCCAUCUCCAGCCCCCAGCAGCACUCGUCCGCCUCAUCAGUGUCCUCACUGUCUGGGUCUGAUAACGACUCUGAUUCAGCGUUGCCAUGUCCCCUCCCUCCACCGACCCUGCCAGCUUACCCGCCUUUCCCACCCCUCGGCCUAGCUUUAACUCCAGGCCUCAACAUGAGCACCGGCAAACCUGGCAUGGGAGGACACCAUCUGCUCAUGCCUCCAGGUUCCCAGGCUCGCGUCUCACUGCCCGGUGGUCUAGCAAUGCACUCCAUGCCUGGCAGACAGGUGUGUAUAGACACCGGGCUCCCCCCCUUCUUCCACAUGCACCCCCCAGCCCAUGCUCAUGCCCCUGCCCCUUCCAGCCCCCAGCCUCCGCCCAGUCCCCACUCCAGCCACACACAUAAGAACGGAGCCAAGUUCAACGGGAAGGGCUUCCACAAUCCGCCACUGGUCAACAACGCUGUUCUGGCUAACCGUGGAUACACGCAGCAUCACCGCAACACUUGGCGACGGAGGAAGAGGGACAGCCUGCCGGUUAGCCUGAGCAGAUAGAAACCACUCCUCUUCUCCUCGCCGUUUCCUCCGUCUCCUCUCCGACUGCAUGCCGUGGCUCUUCGUUCGUCUUGAAGGAGGAUGGACAGGCAGACAAGAGGACCAGAGACCAGCAGUUUUUACUCCGAGGGCUCCUCAACACGGAACAGCAGCCCUCAGCUCUGCAUCUUCCCCCUCUCUGUACCUUCCCUCCCCCCUUUUUUUUUUUUUUUUUUUGGGCAUGACUUUAAUUCCAUUUUUUUUUUUUUUUUUUUUUUUUUUUUUCAGUAUUGUGUCUUCCUUCUCUGCGUUCAGGUCGGUUUACUUUUUUUGGAACUUGGCGUUGACAGUAUUGCUAAGCUCACUUGACCUCAUCUCGACCCUUGCAGCCAAGCUGCCCAGGGUUUCCUUUUUACAGUUAAUACACUUAAAAACAAACGUUUUUUUUUUUCUCCAUUUUGUGCAAUAAUGUUAUUUUUCUUUUUGAAACUAAAGUAAGAGCUUAUUUAAUUUCGUGUGUGUGUGUAUAUGUAAAGGCAUUUUUAUACUGUUAUUUUAUUUUUGUAGAGUUUUAAAUUUUGUUUACGAAACCUUUCCCCAGGCAGCAUCUCUAAAGUGUGUGUGUGCGCGUGUGUGUGCAUCUCUCCAUCAGGUUGAGAUGGACCCAGGUUGAAAUGCCCCCUCCCCCCUCUUCUUCUCUCCUCUCUUUAAAUGUGGUCUGCUUAAGGGAAGCCGUAUCAGAAAAGCAUCAUCUUGGCAUUUCUGAUCAUUUCUCUUCACAUGUUUUCUGAAAAUGGGCGAGGUGGGCAAAAAAGGGGGAAAAACAAUUCCCUAUGGAAGUUUUGUUCCUCGGUCCAGUUUUUCUAAGGCAUGCUGAGGGGAAGUUGAGGAAGUGAAACUCUGCCCUGGGAUAUUCUCGAAGCACAGGGAGAGGCUCAAGUUUUUUGGCCACCUGAGGAUUGUGUGAAUGCGCGUAUCUGUUUGCGUCUCUUACGGGAAUGUGUCGUUGCCUCAUUUUGUAGUUUGGGGAGAGAAGGCUGGCCUGAUAGCUUUUUCUUGGCCAUAUCUCUCUCCGUCCGGAGGAUUUUCAGCCUGUUUUGUUUAGGCUUUGUGUUCAUUUUUUCUUUUAAAGUUGUUGUUGUUGUUGUUAUUUUUGUAGGAGCAUUGGGGCCAAGAAGGCAACAGCUUAUCUGACUUGAAUUAGAAGAUCAAGAAUGGCAGGCAGAAAGCCACUGAGCCGUGUCAGAGGGGGCGUGGCUGUGGAAAAUCUGAUCCCAGGGCUGAGGUCAGCUCUCGCCCGCAGCUGUAAAUUAGCGCAGACCAACACUUUAGAUGCUCAGCGAUAAGGUUUCUCUCCUUUUUUUGUGGUCCUGGACAAAGAAGGAGGAGGGAGCGAGGGUGGGGCGUGGGGGGGUUUC